GAGACGUAGCACGGCGCCUUUACCGUGUCUGAAUGAACUCGGGAUUGGCGAUGCCUGGAUUUGUUUUUCCAGCUAUUUUCAGUGCUUAAUCUGUGAAUGGCGCCUAAACAGGACCCUAAACCUAAAUUUCAAGAAGGUGAACGAGUGCUGUGUUUUCAUGGGCCACUGCUAUACGAAGCUAAGUGUGUGAAAAUCAAUAUUAAGGAUAAACAAGUGAAAUACUUUAUUCAUUAUAGUGGAUGGAAUAAAAAUUGGGACGAAUGGGUUCCUGAAAGUCGUGUUCUUAAAUAUGUGGACAGUAAUCUGCAGAAACAGAAAGAGCUUCAAAAGGCAAACCAAGACCACUAUGUUGAGGGAAGGAUGAGGGGAGUCGCACCAAACAAGAAGAUAGCUGCUGUGCAGCAAAAAAAUGUUGAUGUGAAGACAAAGAAGAACAAACAAAAGAUACCAGGAGCUGGAGAGGGAACCAGCACAGGGGAAGUGCCUCACCCGCCACGCAAAAAGAGGGCACGUGUUGAUCCAACUGUAGAAAGUGAGGAGACCUUUAUCAAUCGUGUAGAAGUUAAGGUGAAAAUUCCUGAAGAGCUGAAACCAUGGUUGGUUGAUGACUGGGACCUGAUCACCAGACAGAAGCAGCUUUUCCAUCUGCCUGCAAAAAAGAAUGUUGAUUCUAUCCUGGAGGAUUAUGCAAAUUACAAGAAAUCAAGAGGAACCUGUGAUAACAAGGAAUACGCUGUAAAUGAAGUGGUCGCUGGCAUCCGCGAGUACUUCAAUGUCAUGUUGGGCACUCAGCUCCUUUACAAGUUUGAAAGGCCACAGUAUGCUGACAUCCUUUCAAACCAUGCAGACACCUCCAUUUCUCAGAUCUAUGGAGCUCCACAUCUGCUGAGGCUUUUCGUGAGAAUUGGGGCCAUGCUGGCUUACACACCUCUGGAUGAGAAAAGCCUGGCUCUGCUUCUCAGCUACCUGCAAGAUUUUUUAAAGUAUUUGGUAAAGAAUUCAUCUUGUCUGUUCAACACCUGCGAUUAUGAAGUUGCACCACCGGAGUACCACCGCAAGGCUGUGUGAACACAAAGCCAGUGAAGAUCUGUGCUGCUUUUUAUUCAUCGUGGAAUGUUUUUACAUGUUCCUUUUAAAACCCGAGGAAGGUUAUAGGACAGUUCAGUUGACUGGAAGGUGAAUUAAGACUGUAUAUAAGAGCCUGUUGUACUGAACUGGUACUUUAUGUUUUUUUGGAAAGAUGCUCAGUCCACACAUUGUUUGAAUAUAUUUAGGAUCAAAUCACAUUGGUAAAAAGUAGCUUGAGUAAAAGGGAAUCAAGCUUAAUACUGCAUUUUUUUUGUUGUGACUUUUAUGUAUGUUUGUUAA